AUGUUUGUAACUGUUUGCUUACUGAUUUCAUUAUUGCAGGCACGGGUGGCCUUAGAAGCCUGGCAGAAAUACCAGGCCAUCACCGGAGCCUUGUCACAAGAGCUGUGUGAGCAGCUGAGGCUCAUUCUGGAACCUUCUCAGGCCACAAAACUCAGGGGAGAUUAUCGAACUGGCAAGAGGCUGAACAUGAGAAAGGUGAUCCCGUACAUCGCAUCCCAGUUUCGUAAGGACAAGAUCUGGCUAAGACGAAGUAAGCCCAGCAAGCGGCAGUACCAGAUACUCAUAGCCAUCGAUGACUCUGCCAGCAUGGCUGACAAUCAUUCAAAGCAGCUUGCCUUUGAGUCGCUGGCUCUCGUCUCUAAUGCUUUGACGCUGCUGGAGUCUGGAGAGCUGUCAGUUUGCAGUUUUGGAGAAGAUGUGAGACUUCUUCACCCGUUUGCUGAACCAUUUAGCAAUCAGUCGGGGGCCAAGAUUCUGCAGCAACUGUCUUGUGAGCAGACGCAGACCAAGUAUGCAAUGCUUCUAGACAAGGCUCUGGCCAUGUUCAUGGACGCCAGAAGCCGCCUGUCAGCUCUGGCUGGCGAUGCAGAAACUGCACAACUGCUGCUGAUUUUGUCCGAUGGAAACGGGAUGUUCAGGGAUGGGAUGGAUGUGGUACGUCGAGCAGUACGGCGGGCUCGGUCGGCCAAGAUCUUUCUCGUCUUCAUCAUUUUGGACAACCCAGAGAGAAGGAGCUCAGUUCUGGACUCCAAAAUACCACUCAUGGAUCGUUCAGGCCAGAUUAAAGAGAUCAAGACUUACAUGGAGAUGUUCCCAUUCCCCUUCUAUAUCCUGCUGCGAGACAUCAACUCCAUGCCACAGAUCCUCAGUGAUUCCCUGCGACAGUGGUUUGAGCUGGUGACCAGCUCUGACAGAUGA